CACAUUUUGCAUAUCAAACCCAAAACACACCCUUCCCUAAACCCCCAGAUAUGUAUUCCUCAAUCCGCCAUUGCUCCUCUCUUCUCUUCUUACUUUUCUUCUUCUUCUUCUUCUUCUUCUUCUUCUUCUUUCAUUACUCCGCCGCCCAAGCCCCCGACGCCGACGGCUACACCUGCUCCGCCAACCAAACUGCCAACCCAUGCCAGGCCUAUGUCUUCUACAGAGCCUCCCCUCCCAAUUUCCUCGACUUGGCUGCCAUUGCUGACCUCUUCUGGGUCAGCCGCCUCGAAAUUUCCCGUCCCAGCAACAUCUCCGACUCCAACGCUACUUUCCCUCUCCUCCCCGGCCAACCUCUCUUCAUUCCCAUCACCUGCUCCUGCCACUCCGUCAACGCCUCCGUCAGUAUCUCCUACGCUAAUCUCUCCUACAAAAUCAACGCCGGCGACAAUUUCUGGCUCGUCUCCACCUCCAAAUUUCAAAAUCUUACCACUUUCCAAUCCGUGGAAAUCGCCAAUCCCACUUUAAUCCCAACCAAUCUCGACAUCGGCGUCAACGUUGUUUUCCCCAUCUUCUGCAAAUGCCCUAAUCCCACUCAACUCCAAAAUCGGAUCAAUUUCAUGGUCUCUUACGUGAUUCAGCCCGCCGAUACUAUGUCCUCCAUAGCUUCAAGGUUUGGAGUACAAGCAUCGGAAAUCAGAGCCGCGAAUUGGCCAAACCCGCAACCAUUCGAAACGAUUUUCAUCCCGGUGAGUCAUCUUCCCAAUUUGACACAGCCCAUUGUGCUGCCGCCGUCUCCGGAGCAGGCACCGGCGCCAGUGAGAGAAGUGAAAAACAGAGCAGUUACAGGGCUGGCAAUUGCUUUGGGGAUUGUUGGGUUUUUGCUGAUUUUGGCGGUGGGUUUGUGGGUUGUUGGAGUGGGGAAGAGGAGGAAGAAUGAGAGGGAAAUGGAGGAAAGAUUUGAGAAACAGAGAGUGCAGGAUGUUGGGAUUUGGAAAGGGAAAAGGAAGGAAAUGGAAGUUGAUUUAAUGGCGGAUGUGUCUGAUUGUUUGGAUAAAUAUAGAGUGUUUAAAAUUGAGGAGCUUAAUGAAGCGACGGAUGGAUUUAGCGAAAGUAGCUUGAUUCAAGGUUCGGUUUAUAAGGGAACAAUCGGUGGAGUUGAUUUUGCUAUCAAGAAGAUGAAGUGGAAUGCCUAUGAACAGCUCAAGAUCUUGCAGAAGGUAAACCAUGGUAAUCUAGUGAAGCUUGAAGGCUUUUGCGUUGACCCUGAAGAUGCAACCUGCUACCUAAUUUAUGAAUAUGUAGAGAAUGGUUCACUUUAUUCAUGGCUACACGAAAGCCAAAAGCAGAAACUAAACUGGAGAACAAGAUUGAGGAUUGCGAUCGAUGUUGCUAACGGACUACUAUACAUCCAUGAGCACACGAGGCCGCAAGUUGUUCACAAAGACAUAAAAAGCAGCAACAUUCUGCUGGAUGCAAACAUGAGGGCUAAGAUAGCCAACUUUGGGUUGGCAAAGUCAGGAUGCAAUGCCAUAACUAUGCACAUUGUUGGGACUCAAGGCUAUAUAGCACCGGAAUACAUAGCCGAUGGAGUCGUGUCGACGAAGAUGGACAUUUUCUCGUUCGGAGUUGUUCUGCUCGAGCUGAUAUCUGGGAAGGAGGCCAUUGACAACGAAGGAGAUGUUUUAUGGAUGAGAGCCAGUACUGAAUUUUUGGACGGAAAGGAGAAGGAUAAGUUGGAAAGUUUGAAGAGUUGGAUUGAUGAAGCGCUUUUCGAGCAAUCUUGCCCGAUGGAGAGUUUGAUGGAUGCGAUGAAUGUGGCUGUUAGUUGCUUGCAGAAGGAUCCAACAAAGAGGCCGAGCAUGGUGGAGGUGGUUUAUGCGCUAAGCAAGACCGAUGAGGCCGUGUUCGAUUUCUCUGAUGAUAAUUUAUCAGCUCCUCCCUUAACAGCUAGGUAACUAAACUCGCCUGCUAUACAAAGGGAAAAGCAUAUUGUAUAUAUAUUACUACAAUAAUUAGAAGCUUAAAGAGUAUAGUUUUGCAAUAAAGUUUGUGUAGAUACAUUUGGAUAAGUUUUUGGUUUAGUUAUUGUACAAUACUUCAUUUUUGUUCUUGA